GUUGGUCGUUUAGAAAAUGCAAUUGGCUGGUAUCACAGUCACCCUGGCUAUGGCUGCUGGCUCUCUGGCAUCGACGUCAGUACCCAGAUGCUUAAUCAGCAAUUUCAAGAACCCUUUGUAGCAGUGGUUAUUGAUCCAACAAGAACGAUAUCUGCAGGAAAGGUAAAUCUUGGAGCAUUUAGGACAUAUCCUAAGGGCUAUAAACCUCCAGAUGAAGGUCCCUCUGAAUACCAGACUAUUCCGCUUAAUAAAAUAGAAGACUUUGGUGUACACUGUAAACAGUAUUAUGCUUUAGAAGUCUCAUACUUUAAAUCAUCUUUGGAUCGUAAAUUGCUCGAGCUUUUGUGGAACAAAUACUGGGUGAACACUCUCAGUUCUUCCAGUUUGCUUACUAAUGCCGACUACACCACUGGCCAAGUGUUUGAUUUGUCCGAAAAAUUAGAACAGUCAGAAGCUCAGCUGGGAAGAGGCAGUUUCAUGCUGGGUUUAGAGACUCAUGAUAAGAAAUCAGAAGACAAACUUGCAAAAGCAACAAGAGACAGCUGCAAGACCACCAUAGAAGCUAUACAUGGAUUGAUGUCUCAGGUUAUUAAGGAUAAACUUUUUAAUCAAAUUAAUAUAGCUUGAAGUGCAUCACCAGCUGAUAUGCAUCUCCAGAAAAAGUCAUGGUUUCCUUCUCUUGGACUUGUUCAGUUUGGAAAAUGAAGCUGGAGUGGAAAACUAUUCAUUUAAUUUGUAGUACUUUACUAUUUCCCACCUGUCUGACUAGUUUUAAAGAACAAAAUGUUCUUAAAUAUAGUGCAACUUGUUGCUCUUUAUCAUAAUACAACCAGUUUGGAGAAUUGUUCCAAAAAAAAAAAAAUGUGACUUACUGGAUUUUGCUCUUAGGUAUUUAUGUCUAUUAUCCAACUGCAAUAAAACAAUUCUGAAA